UUCCCCUACGGUCUGCGGUCGAAGAGAAGGCCCGGGCGCAAUCUGGGCCUCGAUGGUGGCGAGCUCGAACCCUAACAUUACGACGACAGAGCAGCCAUCUAAAGUCAACUAUGGCUACGGCCUUGUUCUCCGUACUACGCCCUAUUGCAAUGCCGCCAAGUGUGACUACCGCUUAGCUCAGCGCCGACAAGACCUGCACCAACUUCAAGAUGAAAUUUCAUCGGCGUGGUGUGCUGCGCUCAGUCCACUUUGCGCGCCCAUCGCGCCUUUUGGCUCGACUAACAGCGUGUCCCUACGCCGAGAUGUAGCGAAUGAGCAGCAACCUCAGUCGGUUAAUACGAAGCUGCAGCACAUGGAACGACCCUCUCAGCUUCUCCAAUAGAAAACCCACACACCCUCCAGCAUUUCCAUCGUGCUUCCAUCGAUCCGCUGCAUGGCUUGUUAGGGUUAGUACACGCUCCUUCCACCCUCAUGCAUACUGAAGCCAGUUGAGCAAGCCAUCGUCCAGAUCCGCAGUGAAGACCAAAUCUCCGUUCCCUUACCGCACCGUACUCUAUCAAAGUGACACAGGCAUCGCCCGAAUCUUGAGCCCCACGCGAAAUGCUGUUGGUCACUACGGUCGUAGCGAGUGCGGUACUGGGGCUGGUAGUCAGACGAGGCUCGGCUCUGCAUACAGGCAAUCCAAAUCCGAUGACCUUACACAGUAGGCGUAUUGGUUAUUGUUGAGCUCUUUGUCCCUGCGAUAGAAGUGUCCAAGUAUCAGCG